AUGCCUCAAGAUACUGUAUUGUUUAACGUAGGAGGCACGAAAUUCGAAAUUAAUAGAUAUCUAGUACAAGCCUACCCGAAAAGUCGUUUGGCGGAGUUGAUUAAUAGUGGUUCAGGGGGUAUCGAGAUAUUUAUUGAUCACAACCCUCUUGCAUUUAGUGUGAUACUUGAUUUUCUUCGUUACAAACGACUUGUCGUGCCUAGAAAUGUUGCUCGCGAGGUUGUCGAACUGCAAUUGCAAGAAUUUGGGAUUCCAUAUGACAAUUUAACGGAAGGUGUAAGAGAAAGCGAUGAGUUGCCUAGUUACGAAGCGACAGUGAACAAGUUUCCCGGUCCCUAUAGAGAUGAGAAAAGAGUUCACAACAGCCUAUUAAAGGACACAGUUCUUGAGGUUUCUAUCCGGAAGAUGGACACUCUGGUAACGGAUGUCAUUUUACCAUUUUUAAAGCGUCACGCUAAACGUGCUCACCGAGAAGUUACAUUCUACUUAACGCCAAAUAUUGUGACGCCGCAAAACAUUACUUCUGAGCUUGAACAUCAAUCUGAUCCUCACGAAUGGAUCUAUCUGCCGUCUUCGGAAGAAUCACUUAAAUUCAAAAGUAGUGUUGAUGUAGAUUCCGAAUCUGACGACCUUCCUGAUAUUAAAUUUUUAUUGCAAAGGGAUACACUCGAAAGAUUGGAAGAUUUUAUUGUUACAAAGUCAAGUGUGAAGAGAGUUGAAGCCAGAAAACUUGAGGUUAAUUUUAGAACCGAAAACGAAUUUGGAUUGUUGUUUACGAAAACCAUGGGAAUUGUCGAAAUUCACGUCAUUAUUAUUUAA